UUCAAGCCCGGAGGAGAGCAGCGUGGUCUGCUAGCCCUUUCUCUCUGCGUCCUCUAGCUCCAUACACUAAGGUUGCAGCCGCCUUUGAGCUAAAAGGGAGGCAGGCUGCAGCAGCAGCAAAGGGGAAGGUAGGAGUAACUUCCUCCCGCUCCACACCCAGGCUCCGAGCCGGAUAUUAUAGUCAUUGGUUGUAAGAGGAAGACCAGAGAGCUGUGUCCUGGCGGCCGGAGUUGGGUUAAUUUGGUGUCUUUCCCUAUCCUACUCGGGAAAGGACAGAAAUAAAGCUACUUCAAUUGUGAAGCCGACAAGAAGAAAGUAAGAGAUCACCAUGUCUGUAAUUGCAGCUUUCUAUGGUGGCAAGUCAAUACUCAUUACUGGAGCCACAGGCUUCAUGGGCAAAGUUCUAAUGGAAAAACUACUUCGUACCAGCCCAGACUUGAAAGUCAUUUAUAUCCUUGUGAGGCCCAAAGCUGGACAGUCUCUGCAGCAAAGGGUUUCCCAGAUGAUGAACUGUAAGCUUUUUGAAAAGGCCAAAGAAAUUUGCCCAAAUAUCUUUGAGAAGAUCAGACCUAUUUAUUCAGAUCUCACAAAGCCAGAUUUGGGCAUCAGCAAAGAAGAUUUAGAGGAGCUCCUGACCCAUACCAAUAUCAUCUUCCACUGUGCAGCAACAGUUCGCUUUGAUGAUCCACUAAGACAUGCUUUGCAACUCAACGUCAUUGCCACCCAGCAGCUUCUGUUCAUGGCCAGCCAGAUGUUAAAGCUUGAAGUCUUCAUCCAUUUCUCCACUGCCUAUUCCAACUGUAACUUGAAGCACAUUGAUGAAGUUAUUUACCCAUGUUCCGUGGAACCCAAGAAAUUGAUUGAUUCAGUAGAGUGGUUAGAUGAUUCAAUCAUUGAAGAAAUCACACCUAAAUUGAUCGAAAAUCGACCCAACACUUAUACAUAUACUAAGGCCUUGGGAGAGAUGGUGGUGUAUCAAGAACGUGGGAACCUAAAUAUUGCUAUCAUAAGACCAUCCAUUGUUGGAGCUAGCUGGCAGGAACCUUUUCCAGGUUGGGUUGAUAAUUUAAAUGGACCAAAUGGACUCAUUAUUGCGGCUGGGAAAGGGUUUCUACAUUCACUAAAGGCCACUCCAAAAGCUGUGGCAGAUGUAGUCCCAGUGGAUCUAGUCAUUAACCUCACUCUGGCUGUAGGGUGGCACACUGCAGUUCACAGACCAAAAUCCAUUUUAAUCUAUCACUGCACAAGUGGAAGUCUCAAUCCUUGUUUGUGGACAGACCUAGGAUUUCAAGUCUUAGCCACUUUUGAAAAAGCUCCCCUAGAGAAAGCAUUUAGAAGGCCAAAUGCUGACUUCACAACCAACAACUUCUCAACUUAUCUUUGGAAUACUAUUAGUCACAUGGCUCCAGCAGUGAUGUAUGACUUUUAUCUUCGCCUCACAGGAAGAAAGCCCAGAAUGGCAAAACUGAUGAAUCGCAUGUUGAAAACCAUUUCCAUGUUGGACUAUUUCAUUAAUCGCAGUUGGGAAUGGAGCUCACGUAAUACAGAAAUGUUAAUGUCUCAACUAAGUAAUGAGGACCAGAAAUUAUUUGACUUUGAUGUGCGCCACUUGAAUUGGUUGGAGUACACUGAAAACUAUUGCUUGGGAAUUAAGAAAUACCUACUGAAAGAAGAUAUGGCUGGGAUUCCUGCAGCAAAGAGACAUUUACGAAUGCUCAGAAACAUUCACUACCUCUUUAACACAGUCCUUUUCCUCAUCAUCUGGCGCUUUUUCAUUGCAAGAUCUCAGAUGGCUCGGAAUGUCUGGUACUUCGUGGUGAGCCUCUGCUAUAAAUUCCUUUCCUACUUCAGGGCAUCCAGCACCUUCAGGCACUGAGAACAAUCAAAAUUUAUCCAUCUUCUGUUGAGCUCGUUGAACAUAACAAACUAUGGCUAUCAAGCAUUAGAAACCAUGAAGGAACUUGUCCUUUU